AUGGUAUAUGAAGCAAAGCCUUUCGAUCCGAUCACAGUUAAGCCAAAUGACAAAAGACGCGUUGCUUAUUUUUACGAUGCAGAUGUUGGGAAUUAUGCAUAUGGAGCAGGCCACCCGAUGAAGCCGCACAGAAUAAGAAUGGCACAUUCGCUUAUCAUGAACUAUGGCCUGUACAAGAAGAUGGAGAUCUAUAGGGCUAAGCCAGCAACGAAACAAGAAAUGUGCCAGUUCCAUACUGACGAGUAUAUUGAUUUUUUGUCGAGGGUCACUCCGGAUAAUUUAGAAAUGUUCAAAAGAGAAAGUGUCAAGUUCAAUGUCGGCGAUGAUUGUCCAGUCUUUGAUGGGCUUUAUGAGUACUGCAGUAUUUCAGGCGGUGGCUCUAUGGAAGGUGCUGCUCGACUAAACAGGGGCAAGUGUGAUGUUGCCGUCAAUUAUGCUGGUGGUUUACAUCACGCAAAAAAAUCAGAAGCUUCGGGGUUCUGUUAUUUAAAUGAUAUAGUGUUGGGUAUCAUUGAACUGCUACGAUACCACCCCAGAGUCCUGUAUAUCGAUAUUGAUGUGCAUCAUGGUGAUGGCGUGGAAGAAGCAUUUUAUAGUACGGAUCGUGUCAUGACAUGUUCUUUCCAUAAAUAUGGUGAGUUUUUCCCUGGUACAGGUGAAUUGAGAGAUAUUGGGGUGGGCACUGGAAAGAAUUACGCCGUCAACGUUCCGUUACGAGACGGUAUAGAUGAUGCCACAUAUAGAUCUGUGUUUGAACCUGUAAUAAAAAAAAUUAUGGAAUGGUAUCAACCUUCAGCUGUUGUAUUACAGUGUGGUGGUGACUCCUUAUCUGGUGAUCGUCUUGGCUGCUUUAAUCUUUCCAUGGAAGGCCAUGGUAAUUGUGUUAACUACGUAAAGUCAUUUGGGAUCCCAAUGAUGGUUGUUGGUGGCGGUGGCUAUACUAUGAGAAAUGUUGCAAGGACAUGGUGCUUCGAAACCGGUUUGCUAAAUAACGUUGUCUUGGACAAAGACUUACCGUACAAUGAAUACUAUGAGUAUUAUGGUCCUGAUUAUAAACUGAGUGUCAGACCUUCGAAUAUGUUUAAUGUGAAUACGCCAGACUAUCUUGACAAGAUAAUGACCAAUAUAUUUGCUAAUCUAGAAAACACUAAAUAUGCACCAAGUGUUCAGCUGAACCAUACACCUAGGGAUGCAGAAGAUUUGGGUGAUAUCGAGGAAGAUUCCGCGGAGGCUGUAGACACGAAAGGUGGUUCGCAGUAUGCAAGAGACUUACAUGUUGAGCAUGACAACGAAUUCUAUUGA